AAUCUAAAUGGGUAAACAAAAGAAGGAAACAUCUUUAGAUUAUUGCAUAGCAUAGGGGAAAGUGGAAAGGAAUAAGGAGCAAUAGUACAGGACGCUGCUAAAGAAGCUUCUGAAAACCUCAAAUGCUGCAAAUUCAGCUUGAAAAUACAGUGAGUGGUAAACACUUCAGACAAACAACCUGAUUCUUUCAGACAUGAUUCCCAUCUCUAAUUUUUUUUUUUUUUCUUUCGGAAACCACUGAAACCUUUCAAUAGAAGUCUUUCAGGUUUCUCUCAUUCAGCUUGGAACUUUCAUACAAGCUCUCAUCAAACUCUGCUUAUGUUGCUGCAGCCUCACCCUCAUCUUGCAUUAUGAAGAUAUCCAAAUUCCAAAACCUUACAUAACAAAAAUGAAAAAAGCUCUGAAAUGUAAGGAACAAUGGAUGUAUGUCAUUUUAUGUUUUCCCAAAGGUUUCUUGGCUGAUUGGACUCCCAGGAAUCCCAGUCUCUGCCCAUGGCAUGGUGUCAUCUGCUCCCCUCCUGGAAAAGUUCAUGCACUCACUUCACCAAUGCUGGCCUGAUUGGCCAUUUGCAUAUCAAUAAUCUUAGUGUCCUGGAAAAUCUCCAGUAUCUGUAUUUUAGUGGAAAUUCAUUCUCCAGAGACCUGUUCCUCAAUAACUCUUCUCAUUCAUGCGCCCUUGAAACACUUGAUUUGUCAAUCAGUAACUUGUCAGACCCGAUCUCUGAAACAUUUUUCACUGCUUGCAAGCAAUUGGUUUCUGUAAAUCUUUCACAUAACUCAAUCCCAGGAGUUAGUUUCAACUUUGGACCUUCGCUUGUCCAGCUUGAUCUCUCAAACAACCAGAUUUUGGAUUUCUCAAUGUUCAGAUACUUCUCUCCAAGCUGUGAGGCUGUAAAUCUUAAAAGCAAAUUUUAUGCAAAACCUGAUAGCUUCUUAGACUGCAGAAAUCCAUCAGUUCCAGGAGGAGAAACUUCCACCAUCAUUCCUUCAUAUAUACCUAGGUCCCUCAAGUUUCUGGAUGUCUCUCACAACAACUUAAGUGGUAACUUCUCAAUGCUUGAAUUUGGGAGUUGUGCAAGCGUUUAGAUGCUCAACCUGUCCAAAGAAGUCUGAUGCUUGAAUUGGGACAUCUUAGAAACUUGACGCAUCAGACUUUGGCAAAUAAUAACUUUUCUGGUGAAAUCCCACCAGAACUGAAUUCCACUAGUGGGACUCUGCAUGAUCUUGAUCUUUUUGGAAAUAAACUUUCUGGGGGGAUUCCAGUUUCUUUUACAUCAUGCAAUCAAUUGCAAAGCCUCAAUCUCGGCCAAAAUCAGCUCUUCAGCAAUUUUCUCAACGCAAUCAGCUCUCUUCCUAAGCUCAAAAUUCUCCAAGUUCCAUUCACUGACAUUACUGGUCCUAUACCCAUGUCUCUAAGAAACUGUACUCAGCUUCAAGUGCUUGACCUCUCUUCCAAUGCCUUCACUGGAAAUAUACCCUCUGGACUUUGCUCAUCUUCUUUCUUAACAGGAAUUACUGCUCGCAGGCAAUUCUCUAUUUGGAUCAAUACCUUCUG